AUGAAGUUGGGCAAAGUGGAGUUCUGCCAUUUUCUGCAGCUAAUAGCGCUUUUCCUGUGUUUCUCUGGGAUGAGUCAAGCAGAGCUCUCCAGGUCCGGAUCAAAGCCCUAUUUCCAAUCAGGGAGGUCCCGAACCAAGCGCAGCUGGGUGUGGAAUCAGUUCUUUGUGCUGGAGGAAUACAUGGGUUCAGACCCUCUCUAUGUAGGAAAGCUUCACUCUGAUGUUGAUAAAGGAGAUGGUUCCAUCAAAUACAUCUUGUCAGGCGAAGGGGCAAGUUCCAUUUUCAUUAUUGAUGAGAACACGGGGGAUAUUCAUGCUACCAAGAGGCUGGACCGGGAGGAGCAGGCCUACUACACGCUCCGCGCCCAGGCGCUGGACAGGCUCACCAACAAGCCUGUGGAGCCCGAGUCCGAGUUUGUUAUCAAGAUUCAGGACAUCAAUGACAACGAGCCCAAGUUCUUGGACGGCCCGUACACGGCAGGAGUUCCCGAAAUGUCUCCUGUGGGGACCUCAGUGGUACAAGUGACAGCAACAGAUGCCGAUGACCCUACGUAUGGUAACAGCGCCCGAGUGGUCUACAGCAUUCUGCAAGGACAGCCAUACUUCUCAGUGGAGCCAAAGACAGGAGUCAUCAAGACCGCCCUUCCAAACAUGGAUAGAGAGGCUAAAGACCAGUAUUUGCUUGUUAUUCAGGCAAAGGAUAUGGUUGGUCAAAAUGGAGGACUCUCAGGAACUACGUCAGUCACCGUGACCCUAACUGAUGUCAAUGAUAACCCACCUCGCUUUCCUCGAAGGUCUUACCAGUAUAACGUCCCAGAGUCCUUGCCAGUGGCCUCCGUUGUGGCCAGGAUCAAAGCGGCUGAUGCAGAUAUAGGCGCUAAUGCUGAAAUGGAAUACAAAAUUGUGGAUGGUGAUGGACUGGGGAUUUUCAAGAUUUCUGUUGAUAAAGACACCCAGGAAGGCAUCAUUACUAUACAGAAGGACCUGGAUUUUGAAGCCAAAACAAGUUACACACUCCGGAUAGAAGCUGCAAACAAAGAUGCCGACCCUCGCUUUCUAAGCCUGGGACCAUUCAGCGACACGACAACAGUGAAGAUAAUUGUGGAGGAUGUGGACGAGCCCCCCGUGUUUUCCUCACCUUUGUACCCCAUGGAGGUGUCAGAAGCUACCCAAGUUGGAAAUAUCAUUGGCACUGUAGCAGCUCAUGACCCAGAUUCUUCCAACAGCCCUGUGAGGUAUUCAAUUGACAGAAACACAGACUUGGAGAGAUACUUUAAUAUUGAUGCCAACAGUGGAGUUAUUACAACUGCCAAAUCUUUGGAUCGAGAGACAAAUGCUGUUCAUAAUAUCACAGUUCUCGCAAUGGAGAGCCAGAAUCCAUCUCAAGUCGGAAGAGGCUAUGUGGCCAUUACUAUACUUGACAUCAAUGACAACGCCCCCGAAUUUGCUAUGAACUACGAGACCACUGUGUGUGAAAAUGCCCAGCCAGGGCAGGUUAUCCAGAAGAUCAGUGCUGUGGAUAAAGAUGAGCCAUCCAAUGGACACCAGUUUUAUUUCAGCUUGACAACUGAUGCAACAAAUAACCACAACUUUUCAUUGAAAGAUAACAAAGACAAUACAGCUUCCAUUCUCACCAGGAGAAAUGGCUUCCGGAGACAGGAACAGUCUGUUUACUAUCUGCCGAUCUCCAUCGUGGACAGUGGAUCGCCGUCCCUCAGCAGCACCAACACUCUCACCAUCCGCGUCUGCGACUGUGAUGCCGAUGGGAUCGCUCAGACCUGCAAUGCGGAGGCCUACGUUCUACCCGCCGGCCUCAGCACAGGAGCCCUGAUUGCCAUACUCGCCUGUGUCUUGACAUUACUGGUGUUGAUCCUCCUGAUCGUCACCAUGAGAAGACGGAAAAAAGAGCCUCUCAUUUUUGACGAGGAGAGAGACAUCAGAGAAAAUAUCGUGAGGUACGACGACGAAGGGGGCGGAGAGGAAGACACGGAAGCGUUCGACAUGGCCGCCCUGAGAAACCUGAACGUCAUCAGAGACACCAAGACUCGGAGGGACGUGACUCCAGAAAUUCAGUUCUUGAGCCGACCCACUUUUAAAAGCAUCCCAGACAAUGUCAUUUUUCGAGAAUUUAUCUGGGAAAGACUGAAAGAAGCUGAUGUGGAUCCCUGCGCUCCCCCGUACGAUUCCUUGCAGACGUACGCAUUUGAAGGAAAUGGCUCCGUGGCCGAAUCCCUCAGCUCCUUGGAUUCCAUCAGCUCAAACUCUGACCAGAAUUAUGACUACCUGAGUGACUGGGGGCCUCGCUUUAAACGACUUGCAGAUAUGUAUGGAACCGGCCAGGAGAGUUUGUACUCAUAGCCCCGGGACCUUAAUUUGAAAUGUACUGAAGAAAAAGUAAAA